AGUGCGCACGGCUGACCAGAAGGAUGGAAUAGCGUUACCGUUUCGAAGAUAAACAAGCUUUCUCCGGGAGCCCCUGUGAAUAUAACGAGGCCGGCGAAGGAGUCCAAGCUGUUUGAUGACUGAAAUACACGAUGGAGUAGUGCAGUUGUUGAACUUCCUCAGCUGGUCAACGGAAUAGUUCAACAUCGUGCCGAUCCCAGGAAAACUCACCCACCGUUCACCACCGGCCGCAGACGCGAUGUAGAGUAGAAAGAACAAAAAGUAUCAAAAGCACAAAUAAAAGUAUCAAAAGUAACAUAAAAGAAAUAGAUCCACAAGGUGUGUAAAAAGAUGAAAACGAAAAACGAUAAAAAUACAAUAAAAUACGGUAAAAUACGGUAACGGUAGCGGCAGCCAAAUGCGCCAGCGUCCACCAUCACCAUGGCAACUCGAAGUAAGUGAGUACUUGUCUUGUGUUUGGGUCAUUUGGGCUUCAUAAUGGCUCAUUCAUUGUUCCUCCACAUUUCUAAACAUGAAAACCAAUUUAAAAAUGUGGUCACCUUAAUCCAUGCACAGCCAGUGUUACGUGUACCCCCAAACUGAGAAGCACUGCUCUACAAACUCUUUUCAGCUGGCACACACUAAACCUCACUGAAGUAUAAAACUGAAUAAAUACUGACAAUAAAGAACCCCCAUAAUAAGUUCCACUUAUUUGAAAAACAUAGAUAUUGGCACGUUGGAUCGGUUUGAAUGACUGAAACAUUUUAAUGUAAUGGUAAUGCUACCAUAUUCGCCCCGUCUACACCAUACCGGAUGACGUCACUGCCUGUCCCUCUUCCUGUAAGGUAAAAGCGAAAGUAAACCUGGCUAAGCUCAAUAUCGUGAAGGAAAAGACAAUGGCAGCUGGACGCAUCAUGGAAGUAAAUGGUGAUAAUUAUGGUGAAGAUACUAACCAGCCUGAUGUAACUCUAUGCCCUCCUCUAAAGAAAAACAAUGGUGAAGAUACUAACCAGCCUGAUGGCAUCGCAACUGCGUGCUCUCUAGAGAAAAACAAAUGCAAGGAUAAAAUCAAUAUGGAUGCAGAAAAGCUUCCUGGGAGUAGCCCAAAAGCAAGGAAGGGGACAAAAGCACAUCUUGGUGAAGGUGAAGAUCACAUAUAUAAACAAAUAGAGAAAAGCCAAGAGUCUGGUGAUAAAAUGGAAAAUAUCAUGAACUCAAAUGAGGACAAAGAAGCAGAGAAGAAAGACUCCAUUAGUAAAUCAGAGAGUCCAGCUUCUGGUGAUAAGAGGCAGAAGUGCUGUGACCCCGGUUCUGAAACAGAGAAAGUCUCCAGUCAAAAAACAGAGGAAGGCCCAGUGUCUGGUACAUAUCAAGAUCUGAUCAUAGGUAUACACUAUAUUGUUCCCGCAAUAUUUGCUAUAAUAAUUGCUUUGGUAUGUUAUUAUGUGUGCACCAAGUCACCUUCUUUGCAAAAAGAUUAUAACCUGCUGCAAGUAUUUAGUCAUAAAAUGGAAAAGGUUCAAUCCAGCUUUCCCAGCCAACGACAUGAGCUCUGGAAGAGAACCAAUAUUCAUCUUAAGCGGCACCUUAAUUUAACCAAUCCACUGGAGCCAGUGAGCCUCAUCCUUACCUCGGGUCAGGGUGCUGAGAAGACUCUGGGCUGUCUGGCUCAGAAUUUAGCAACAGUGUUUUCUGCUGCUCUCAACUCCUCAGUCCUGGGCAUUGAUGGAAACAGCAAAACAGCACAAGACAGUGAUCAGGUGAAGCUGAGUGUUGAUGAUGAAUUGAAAAAGGCAUUUGAGGGUGAAGUACGAGCUGCUGUUAUUAACCAUUUUGAAGAGUUUCCUCCUGGAUCCACACUUAUCUUCUACCGCUACUGUGAUCAUGAAAACGCUGCCUAUAAGAAAGUCUUCCUUGUUUUUACUGUGAUGCUCCCUGUGACUGAAGUCAACUCAGAACUUAGUCUACGUGAAGUGGAGGAGCAGGUACAAGAAUAUUUAAAGGAAAGGUUUGUCUCCUCUGCCAGGACAGCCACAUUUAAUGACAUGGAUGUGGACAAGCUAAGUGGGCUAUGGAGUAGAAUCUCACAUCUCAUUUUGCCAGUGGCAGCAGAGCAGAACAUUGAACAGAAAGGCUGUAUGAACUUGAAAUGAACUUGAGGCUGUAUAUUAUAGUUCUUCUUACAGGGAUCAUCACUAACUGACAGUUUCCACUUGGGAGCUACAUCUCAAAAUGCUUUUACAUAAGCAUAUUUAAUAAUGUGUGGAAACACAAUGCUGUAGAUGCACAUUAUUCACUGAAAAUGGUGUAGUCAGUCUUUAAUCAUAUCAUGAUGUAGAUUAAGGUGGUGGUAUGAUACAGUACAUUUGAAAUGAAGGGAAUUAUAAUUUUAUAUUUAAACCACUGCCUGUUUAAAAAAUACCUAUUUAUUGGUUUAUUUUUAAAUGAUUUUAAAGGUUGAUUACGCAUUGCAUAAUUUUCUGUUACUUUCUUAAAAUUGUCUGUAGCCUUGCUGAUUUUACACAUCUGUGCCUUUUAGUCUUAAAUAAAAAAGGAAAACAAA